CGCGCGCGGCGCCGUUGUAGGGUCGCUGCAGCGCCCGCCCGAUUUGCUCCUCAGGCGUUAUGCCAGCUGCUGGCGGUUGAUUCAAUUUCGUAUUCGAUUUUAAACGGGUUCUCGUGGAGCGUUUUUUUCUUCUUCCGGGUUGGCGACAUAAAACACAUGUCGACAUGGGACAUUACCUGAGCAGGUCGUUCAGCGAAAGCAGCGUUAUGCCGGCCCAAAGCACUCCGCUGCCUGUGAGAAGACACGCCAAAGUACUAACGUUGUCGGAAUUGGAUCCGCGUUCGCCUACCAUCGAGAUUCCGAGAACGCCUAUACAAAUGGAGGAUGCAGUGAUGUUGGAUGGCUCAGCAGAAGCAGCUGAUGUAGAGUUUGAUCCAAGGUCCCCGACAACUGCAUUCCGGCGAACUCCAAUACCUUUGGGGGCCAUGAUCAAAAAGGACGUGCAGCAAGAAAGUCCGAUGGCUCAGUAUUGUGAAAAGAGAUGUACACCUAUGAGUGCCUUGAAUAGCCCAAGCACGACAAUGCACAAAGAAAGAAAGACGAAGAAGUCUCAGGAAGACCUCAGUGGCACGCAUAAACAGUCAACAGUAAGCAGCAUGCCAACAAGUGAACGCCCCGCUUUGAAGAACACAAGCCGCCCAAACACCUUACUGAGGUCUCUCCAGGAAAAUCAUAUACAAAGAGUUGGCAAAGCAGACCUCACAGCUCUGCCCAAGAUGCCAAACUUCGCGGAGGAGAAGGAGAACCGCAUCACACCAUCAAGUGCUUGAUGCCACACCUAAUCAGCGCACACGUUUGGUUAUAUGUCGGUGUGCAUAUCUUAUAUUCAGGCUUUCUCUUUUAUUUUUGAAAUUUACCUCAGGGUAUCUACAAAAAUUAAAGGGCACAUGCAAAACACUCAGAACUUCCCUGUGAUCUGAGAGAUAACCGAUAUACUGAUUAUGCCUCGAACCUCCGGUGUGUAUGGUGUUACAUGAACGAAAUAUCAAAAACCGGGAUUUUUUUUUCUUGUGAGCAAGAUGUGACCUAAUAUGUAAACACAGGCUGCAGUUUGGUCAUGAUUGGCCACACACAAUAGGUAUAAUAUAUACAGCAUGCAAAUUCUUGGAGCACUAAUGACUGACUUAUUCAGCUUGAUAUCAAUUUCAGUGGAUGCCCUGGUAAAUACUUUUUUAACCCUUUUUUCAAGCUUAGCAGCUUCCCUCUCACACGAGUUGAAGCGUCCAGAUGACAAUAUCAGCUACAGUGAUCUCAUUUCAGUGUGACAACAUGCCCUUUUCAAGGGCCAUGUCAGUGUCUUUGUGUGCAUGGGUGUGGUUACUCUGCUUGCUUCCCUUUGGCAGAUACCGUCUCGGCGUCUGAUGGAAAAGCUACACUUAUGCUGUCUGGGUAGUUUGAGAGUGGCUUGGUGUGCUAUUUUAGUCUUUGGCUUCACUUGUGGAUGGAUGGAUGAGUCGCUUUGCUGAGAGUGUGGUGUCCUCACGUAUUCUUCAGGACUGCUUUUUUUACCACUAUUUGGAUGCUUUGCUCAAGAAAGUGCAGGGCCUCCAGUUCUUGCUAGAUUUUAUGCACUGACUGUACAAAUCUUUUUUCGAAAUCACAAUGAAUAAAGCAUGUUGCACAGUUUCGCUUUACGGACAUAA